CACUCAUUCAACUUCGUGCUAUUUUUACGAGGACCUCUCCAGAGACUAAUUAGAACAACUGCAUCUUCGGAUCAGGGAACGAGAAACCGGUCGUGAAGGGUAUUACGGAUCGCAAAGAUGAUGACAGCAUCCUUAUCCGGCGGUAGUGCUUCUCUGACCAGCACGACUCUUCUAAGCCGCCAUGAUGUUCUUUCUGCACUACAGGAUUUUCUCAAUCGACCACUAGCUCCCUUGGCCGGGCGGUCACAGUGCGGAAGCUCAUCCGCAACUUCUUUUCUCGCCACGAGCGGCGCAUCAUCUAGUAGUACGUCACCAACAAGAACUACACAAGUGCACCCGCCGGCGCUCCUGCCUCAACUACAACGCAAGCACGGCCAACAUAACUAUCAUAAACCCAUCAAAACCAGUUUCAAGAACCUCGGAUCGAUUAUCGGCGUCCCACGUCUGUACGCCACGGUGAUGCGGGCGGCGAAAAAGGCCCUGUGCACGAGUCAGGGGGAGUUUGUGAACUGCAAACUGAUAUCAAAUGCAAAAAUGUCUGGGUCUGGAAGGAUGCGAACUUGUGAUGUGUGUUUCGGAUCCUACAAAGAUCUGUGAUGCAUAACGUGCAAAAGAUUAAGGUGCCCACUUCUGGCCAUGCUGAGAGGGCAUUUUUCAUGCAGUAUAGGCAUCACCAAGGGGCUGCAGAGCCUGUGAUGCUAGGCCCUGCACUCCAGACGUGGUGGAACUUGGACAAACUGCAUGACAAAUCUCGGAAUCUUCCCGACCCAGACAUUUUUGCAGUUCAUAACUCACGAAGUUCGGCGACGAGGUAGCGCACUGUCAGGGGUGGUGCGGUCUGUUCGGGUUGCUGUGGUUUCGGACGAAGUACAAGCACAACUGCAAAUUCAAGGAUUUGAUUUCUUUCCCCUGGUCGGCACAUCGGGGGCCGACGUUCGGCGGCGAUCCGGCGUACAAACAGGUGCGGAGCUAGGGAAGUGAAAGAGUUUGGGUCAAGAAGUUCAUCGGGUGAAGUUUGUGUUGCACAGAGCGUAGACAGUACACGAAUUCUGUAUGGAUGCAUGCCUUGGGUCGCCCCCCGAAACAUGCGCUGUAUAAAGAAAUAACUCCUCCUCCUUUAGUAGGUAGGUGCAAGUGCAUGUGCAUGCAGUAGCUGCAAGUGCAACACAAACUUCCCUUUCUCUUGGGCCAAGAAGUUUUCACCACGAUAGUCGGCAGGUGUGUUGUUCCUACCAGUGUUGGGAUAUCGAUGAUUGGCGGGUGACGCUGAGCGGUUUUGGGUCGGAGCACGCUUCAGUGGAUCAGGAAGUAGUGUUAGCUUCGCGGUUCCUGUUGGCUGGAGAUGAAGACGAUGAAGCAGCAUCUGAAUCUGAUGAAGCAGAAGCAGACGAAUCGGGGCGACAGAGCAGGAAUUAUGGUGGGGUGCAUGAACCUAGUAGUUGUAGUACUGAUAGCUCUCUCGUAAUGGUAUCAAAGAGCACUGCAGAUGCUAGUAAGCUUACAACUAGUUGUGACGCAACUCGCGCUACGAAAACUAAACACCAGGAACAGGAACCACUUGACAUCAAACGCAAAUCUAGCGAUUCAAAUAGCAUCAUCGCUCCUUUUCAUUUUCGUAGAGGUCGAAUAAAAAGAAGAAAGGAUCUUUUUGCGAAAAGCAUUAGCUCGCGUAGUUUAUUCAUCGCCUCUCGCGGAGAAGCAGAACCGCCAGGAGAAUUAUACCGUCACGAUUCGGCCAGGAGUCGUGUCGAAUACAACUUUGUAUGAAUCUUCUGAUGACGUCUAUGUCGAAAUACGAAGGAAUUUUGCUGUUAAUGAUUCGGAAAAAAAAGUAGAGGCGAGAUAAGCUAAAGUUCCCAAUUAUAACUACGGAUCCUUUGUAGCCUCAGAAAGCGUGCAAAACAACAUGCUCAAGUAAAGAAAAUCUAAAGACCACGUAGAGACCGGACACUGAGCUUUCUUUUGAAAAUCUCUCGACCUCUCAGCAAGAGGAAGGCAAAGUAGAUCUAGAUGCUACAAUUAAUGAAAUUUUCUAUAAGAAAAGCGACAGCACUCGAGAACACAGACCAGAGACAAGAAAAUUUUCUUUUGCCAUAAUUGCAGAUAGACUGCAGCUUGCGUCAGCACGACCGGACGAGCAGAUCGAAGCAAUUGUUUACCAGAAGACAAACAAGCGAAGAUAC